AUGGACUCGAUUCAGCCGAACGGAGCAACCCACGAACCAGAGGGUUCGCUUCGUCCGCCGCCCUCACCAACCGGAGGGGACAGAUGCAAUUUCGACACUGGGUGAGCCGCUCCCCAACACCACACCCGACGCCGCUGUCGCUCGUCUUGAUCUCGCGCUCGCUUAUUGCAGGUCGGUGGGUCAGCGAAGUAAGCGGAGUGUUGAAGACAGCGGCAGCCAGGCCGCCUCCCGACUCAAGCAAUCGCUGGCAAUACAUACAUACAUCCACGACACUCUCUACACACAUACCCCCCGGUGCAGGACCGUCGACCUGUGCACUGUUCAUCCUUUGCGCAGGCAAUCGCCCUGGGCGACAAGGCGGCAGAGGGCUACUUGCGGGUUCCUUUCUCCAACCGAGCGAGAGGCAAUGCAUAUGAAGUGUCUGUUACUUGUGUCGCUCAGGUUCCGCUCAAGAGGGAGGCCUUCAUACAGAGGCGAGCCGAACUCACUGCAGGCAUUCGAGACCUUGUCGCAUGCAUGGGUGUGUGUUGUUGCUCACAUUCAGACUCACCAUGGUGGGAUUGCGGUGCACUGGAUCCGUUGACUCAUGUGCUGGAUCCAUCGGUUGAUAUGCAGGAGGAAAACAUGGCCCAGCAGGAGUGCGCGUGUCUGGUCAGCAUGAACUCCAUUGAUCGGCUCCUCUCAUCUGUCUGCUGUUCAUGAGCAGUUCUUAUCCUUCAUCUUUCUGCUUUUCAUGGUCGCCGUCUAUGUCGGAAGCGGGACAGAUCAGGCCUACCGGGUGCAUGAAUCAUUAAGGUGGCGCAGGGGAGGUGUGCACAGAUGCACGAACACACAGCAAGUUCGUACGUGUGUAUUUCUGUCGAUGUGUAUGUGUGUAUCUCCUUUCUGUGGUCUGACUUUGUAAGGGAGGCAUUCCAUCUCGACGUGCGUAAGAGGCGGGGAACGACGCACAACCGUAGUAGGACAUCUCGUGAAUCGAUGCUCUUUUUCCUACGUGUCUGUCGGACCACGGGAAUGACGUGGGUUGUGUGUGCGAACGCAGGAUUUGACAGAUGUUCGGACGAUAAAGCAGUAAAGUGUGUCCUACAAUGUCCGACCUGGACGGCUCGAUCAUGUCAGGUCGAUCACGUCUGGAGUUUCGUCGCUAACCUGUCCAAGACGGAGCAGACGUACAUCCCCUCUUCAUCGCUAUUCUUCAGCCACGACGCAACCACCACUCAGCUCAACGCCCUGCCCUCAUCUGCUUCCUUCCCGCCUUCACGCAAUCUGCAGAAUUACCCCCUUCAAGUAAGCAGCUGCCAUGGGCGAUCACCCAACAGGCAGUCAAGCACUCAUGCGGCUGCUCUGGCUUCUGCCUGUACAAACAUAGCUGUUCGAAACAUUCAGUGUGACCGCGUGGGUCAAAGUGAGCAGAAUGCACGGCACAUUAGACAUAGACGCACGCACACGCAUACGGAUAUGCCAUCAUUCUGAUUGUCUGCUCUGCCGCCCUCGUGUUGAAUACAGACAUUGUCUCCGCGCUUCACUGUGAUUGAGAAGCGGAUGGAGCGCACCAUCACUGGCCUGGGUAGCACCUGCUGGCGCAUUGGCAUAGAUGGCGUCACCUAUGGCGCUCACGAAGGACGACUCAUCGCGACAUUCGUCAGUUGGCCGCAUCCAGAAAAUGCAUACACAGGAUCCAACACACAUUGAGUGCUUUUCGUGACGUACUUCCAAUGCAUGCACAGGUGACCGAUGUGGCUCGAGGCCUUCUGCAGGUGGGCCAUGUGUCUGUGUGAGGUUCCAUAAAUACUUAUACAUAUAUUCAUAUACAUACAUACAUACAUACAUGUGUGUGUGUGUGUGUGGCCCACACGACGGGCUCAGGAGGACUGGUCGCCGGCCAGGACGACAUAUUUCACCGGCGGAUCGUCUGAGUUUGGAGGCUGUCCGACGGGAAGAGACCCAAACUUUGAGCAGGUAGGUUGGCAUGCAUGUGUGACGUGUGGGGUAUGUGUGUUGGUACGUGUGUGGGUGUGCAUGUGUGUGUCUCUGGGUCGUUGGGUGGGGCAGACGAGAGAAGAGAUGCUCGAGGAGACCGGCAGCCAGCGGAGGAGGAGAGCAAUGUUCGAGGCGAAAAACAGUGCCAUGGACGACUUCUUGAGGGUGAAUUUGGAGACAGAGCUCUCGGACGGAGAAUGGCAUUUGUUUUCAGUGGUCAGAUACAACCAGCGUGAUGCACUCAUGUGUGUAUCUGUGCAUUUUUGGACGGCAGGUAGUCCGGAACGCCACGUCAUCCUUCUACUCUGGUGCGGAAUGCAUACGCGGGCGAGACAAAGGGAGGGAUGGCGGCUGCUUGCCCGUGUUGGCUGUGCAGACGGCCAGCUGAUGGAGACCCUCCCCAACCCGACACAUCAGAAGACAAUCUGCCCGGGGAGACUGACGGUCCCGGUAUUCCAUCAGACACUCACAGACUGCUUGGAGGGGAGCCUGUACGUGGGUGAGUGCAGGCAGCAGCUGGAAGACAUCUGUCCGCACUCAUGGUGUCUGCCUGCCCGCCACCUGCACACGUUUGGAUGAUCGGGUGUGGUGUGUGUAUGGGCUCGGCAGGCGAUGACACCCACGAGGGCCAGUUGGCUGAUGUGCGGUACGCAGCAGGGUGGACCCCCCUGUCAGCAUGGCAUGAAUGUCAUUUACCCUCUUGUCCUCUGUGCUUACGGCUGGGUUAGUUACUUUCCUCGUGAGCUGACGCUGAGUGAGAUACAGGACAUAAUCUUCUGUAAGUAAGGGCACGAAGGCAGAGAGGCAGAGAAGCAGACCUUCGCACAAAUGGUUUGUGUCCCCUUCCCCUGUGUGUGUGCAGUCGGCGCUCCCCUCGACGACCUGAUCAAUGCGGGGGGCUCAUCAUCCACCGCCGAGACCCAAGACGUCCAGGAACAGAGGCUUGACGAGCUCCAGGGGGUCCUCACCGAGUCACUCGAGGAGAAGCAGCAAGAGCUCCUUAAGGCAAGUCGAAGAACGGCAACAGUCGAGGAAACGACGAUUGACUGACUGUUGCCACUUUGUCCACACCUUAAAAGGCCUUCAAGACGCUCAGAAACGACCUUGUCUCAAACCAAUCGUCAGCUGACGAACCAACCGACGUCAACACGACCAGGAGGGCCCUGCAGAUAAGUCCUGCAACUGAGUCCGACUCUGAAGAUUUAUUGCAGCUGGUGGACCAAUGCUUUGACGACCCAUCAUACCAUGACUUCAUGUACUGUUGACACUCGUAUGGUGUCUUCCCCUCCACACACACACAUGCACCGACCUUUACCUUGGUCAAUCGAGUCUGUCCGUAUGCCGUCUGUCUGCAGGUAUUCAGACUGCCAAUGGUAA